AUGCAUAUCCAGGAGAUGCUGGCCGAGGCCGAGAGGACGAGUCAACCCUCCUUCUCCUUCGAGUAUUUCCCGCCCAAGACCGCCCAGGGUGUGCAGAACCUCUACGACCGUAUGGAACGCAUGUACCACAUGGGCCCCAAGUUCAUCGACAUUACCUGGGGUGCUGGUGGCCGCCAUGCCGAGCUGACGUGUGAAAUGGUCGCCCAGGCCCAGACGUACUUUGGCCUCGAGACGUGUAUGCACCUCACCUGUACCGACAUGGGAGAGGAGAAGGUCAACAACGCUCUCAAGAAGGCCUACCAGGCUGGCUGCACCAACAUCCUCGCCCUCCGCGGCGACCCCCCCAGGGACCAGGAGAAAUGGGAGGCCACCGACGGCCAGUUCCAGUAUGCCCGCGACCUCGUGGCUUACAUCCGGAAGACGUUCGGCAACCACUUCGACAUCGGUGUUGCCGGCUAUCCCGAGGGCUGCGACGACAACAAGGACGAAGAAUCGCUGCUGGACCACCUCAAGGAGAAGGUCGACAUGGGUGCCACCUUCAUCGUCACUCAGAUGUUUUACGACGUCGACAACUUCAUCCGUUGGGUUGGCCGUGUCAGGGAACGCGGCAUCACCAUCCCCAUCGUGCCCGGAAUCAUGCCAAUCGCAACCUACGCCAGCUUCAUCCGCCGCGCCAACCACAUGAACUGCAACGUCCCGCCCGAGUUCAUGGCUGCCCUUGAGCCGGUCAAGAACGACGAUGUCGCUGUCCGAGAGAUUGGCAAGACCCUCGUCGCUGAUAUGUGCCGCAAGAUUCUUGCCGCCGGUAUUAGGCAUCUGCACUUCUACACCAUGAACCUGGCUCAGGCAACGCGCAUGGUACUCGAGGAGCUGGAUUGGAUGCCUUCUGCUGCCAAGCCCUUGAAGCAGGCCCUGCCUUGGAAGCAGUCCCUCAGUCUUGGUAGGAGGGAGGAGGACGUGCGGCCCAUCUUCUGGCGCAACCGGAACAAGUCGUACGUCUCCCGCACACAGGAUUGGGACGAGUUCCCCAACGGACGUUGGGGUGACUCACGGUCUCCUGCCUUUGGCGAGUUGGAUGCCUACGGUAUCGGCCUGCCUGGAACCAACGAGCAGAACCGCAAGAAAUGGGGCGAGCCCAAGUCCGUUCAGGACAUCGCCUCCCUGUUUCUGCGAUACCUUGAUAACGAUAUAGAGUCCUUGCCGUGGAGUGAAGCGCCCCUCACCAACGAGGCUGAUUCCAUCAAGGACGACCUCGUCGAUCUGAACAAGAGAGGUCUGAUCACUAUCAACUCCCAACCUGCUGUGAACGGCCUCAAGUCCUCCCACCCGGUACACGGUUGGGGACCCCCCAAUGGCUACGUCUACCAGAAGGCCUACCUGGAGCUUCUCGUUGCGCCAGAGGUGUACCCGCAGCUGAUUGCGCGCAUCCGGGCCAACCCGGAUCUUACCUACUACGCCGUCACCAAGACUGGCGACUUGGAUACCAACGCGCCCUCUGAAGGACCCAAUGCUGUCACUUGGGGUGUGUUCCCGGGCAAGGAGAUUGUUCAACCCACCAUUGUCGAAAGCAUCAGUUUCUUGGCCUGGAAGGACGAGGCUUUCCAGCUCGGCGCUGACUGGGCGAGAUGCUACGAUGUCGACAGCCCCAGUCGCGCUCUGAUCACUGACAUCGUCGAGAACUGGCAUCUCAUCAACAUUGUGAACAACGACUUCCAUCAGCCCAAGACCAUUUUCGAGGUUCUUGCCGGCCUCAGGGUCAACAACCUUGUGACACCGGUCGAGCCAAAGUCCGCCACCAACGGUGUGGGCGCUGCACACAACUAG